AUGGCAGGCCCCAGUAACACAAAUUUCACAGUCUUUAUCCGACUUCCAUUUCCUCGGGGUGACUUUGUUGAUCCACCACCGGUGGAAUGGAAUGCGGGGAAAGAUCAAGCGCUAUGGGAUAUUCUUUCUCGACCAUCGCGGGGAGAUGACAUCGACUGGAAAGCCUUGGCGGAUAGAUUCGACGUCACUUUGCAGUUCUUGCUGCAGCAGGCCGCAUGGCUUUACGAUCGCCAGCUAUCACAGGUUCGUGCUCAAAUGCGCAAAGUAGGUCCCAUGUCACACUCAAAUUCACCUUCACCCGGACCGGGAUCUAUUUCUGGGAGCACGGCACUAGCUACAUCGGCUCCUAAAAGCAGCACAGUUGGGUUUCGACAACCCACCAGACCGACACCCCUCCAAAAAGAAGCAGCACAGAGAGCUUCUACUGGCCACGCCCAGCGCACUAGCUCUAACUCAAUAACUACCGUCAAUCAGCUGCGAGGAUUGCGGGAUCCCACUCGAAACGAUACACCAACGAGUGAGGCUAAAGAUCAACGCUGGGAGAAUAUGGACCGUCAACCCUCAACAACCCGACGGGAUCAACUGCCCGUCGCGUCAUAUCUACCUUCUCCCAUACUAGCAGAGGAAGUUCUCACAUCAAGCUCAGAGGAAUCUGAUUCUGAGGAAGAAACUAGCCCUCAAGGGCCGAAGUACCAUCGAUUUGGCGCAUUCUCUACCCACCGCAUCGGUCUGCGGGACGAUGAGGAUGACGAAGACGACACUCCUGCAUUCUUGCCGAUGCCGCGAGAAACUGAUCAUUCUACCAGAGAUCGGCCAACUCAAGGACUCAGUGCAACUCUCAGAUUGGAUGCCGAGCGAGCUGCUGCUCGGCGACGUAAAGCAGAGCGAUCUGGUAUUCGCAAUACUGCGGCAUCUGAGUCUUCUACCAGCUCUAUCAGCUCUGGGGCUCAAGUGAGUGCACCGAGAAGCGAGGGUCAACAGACUGGUAAUAUCUCUGGCACAUUGAGUCCGAGACACUCUUCCGUAUCCCGGCUGAGUCCUCGCAAGUCUGGUCAUGAGACUAGCGACGGAACCCCCAGUAUGGGAAGCAGCUUCAGUGAUUUGGACGACGCUAGCGUCACACAAUCUGCGUUGGAAGAGGCUCUUAUGAGCAAUAUGCAAUAUGGCGGCAUGGCAAGUCGCAUGAGCACUAUUAGUCAAGCUUUGCGCAGUCGGUACUUGCAAUGA